AUGGGCGAGGGCGGGCUGCCCCCGGCCUUCCAGCUGCUGCUGCGCGCCUGCGACCAGGGCGACACGGACACGGCGCGGCGGCUGCUGGAGCCCGGGGCGGCGGAUCCGGCGGAGCGCGGCGCGGAGCCCGAGGCGGGCGCGGAGGCGGCGGGGCCCGAGGCGGCGGGGCCCGGGGCGGCGGCCGGCGCGCCCGUGCCCGUGGACUGCUCGGACGAGGCGGGCAACACGGCGCUGCAGUUCGCCGCGGCCGGGGGCCACGAGCCGCUCGUGCGCUUCCUGCUGCGCCGCGGCGCCUCGGUCAACAGCCGCAACCACUACGGCUGGAGCGCGCUCAUGCAGGCGGCCAGAUUUGGGCACGUGAGUGUGGCGCACCUCCUUUUGGAUCACGGAGCCGACGUCAACGCCCAGAACCGGCUGGGGACCAGCGUGCUCACUGUGGCCUCCCGGGGCGGCCACCUGGGCGUAGUGAAGCUACUCCUGGAAGCCGGCACCUGCGUGGACCCUCACGGCCCCUCGGGCGAGCCCCCGGGGACAGGGGGCAGCAGAGAUGAGCUGCUGGGCAUCACGGCCCUGAUGGCCGCCGUGCAGCACGGGCACGAGGCCGUGGUGCGGCUGCUGCUGGAGUGGGGGGCGGACCCCAACCUCCCGGCCCGCACCGUGGGCUGGAGCCCGCUGAUGCUGGCCGCCCUCGGCGGGAGGCUCGGGGCCGCCCAGCAGCUGCUGGAGAGGGGCGCCAACCCCGACCACCAGAGUGUGCUGGAGAAGACCGCCUUCGAGGUGGCCCUGGACGGCCAGCACAGGGACCUGGCCGACUGCCUGGACACGGUGACCAGCGUCAGGCCCAAGACAGAUGAAGAGAAAAGGCGACCUGAUAUUUUCCAUGCAUUGAAAAUGGGAAACUUCCAGCUCGUCAAAGAGAUUGCCGACGAAGACCCCAGCCACGUGAACAUGGUCAAUGGGGACGGGGCGAGCCCACUGAUGCUGGCUGCCGUCACAGGCCAGCUGCCUCUGGUGCAGCUGCUGGUGGAGAGGCGUGCUGACGUGGACAAGCAGGACAGUGUGCACGGCUGGACGGCCCUCAUGCAGGCCACCUACCACGGGAAUAAAGAAGUCGUCAAGUACCUGCUAAAUCAAGGGGCCGACGUCUCUCUUCGGGCCAAGAACGGCUACACGGCCUUUGACCUCGUGAUGGUGCUCAACGACCCCGACACGGAACUGGUGCGCCUGCUGGCAUCCGUGUGCAUGCAGGUUAAUCGGGACAAAGGCCGGCUCAGCCAGCAGCCACCCCUGCUCCACUUGAAGGCCAGACAGCCCGGGACCAUCCCCAUGCUGCCCGAUGACAAGGGCGGCCUGAAGUCCUGGUGGAGCCGCAUGUCCAAUCGGUUCCGGAAGCUCAAGCUGAUGCAGACGCUGCCCCGCGGGCUGUCCAGCAACCAACCUGUGCCCUUCUCUGGCGAGCCCGAGCCGGCCCUGGAUUCCACGAUGAGGGCAGCCCCCCAGGACAAGGCGAGCCGCCCCAGCCUCCCUGAUGUGGCACCCCCGGCCAAGGACAGUGGUCCUGGGAGCACGAGAGGAGGAAAGGAAGAUACGUUAUUGACCACCAUGCUUCGCCACGGCGCCCCGUGCACCAGGCUCCCGAGCGACCAGCUGAAGGCCGUCAUCCCCCCUUUCCUGCCCCCUUCCAGCUUCGAGCCUUGGGGCUCCGGCCGGCCCCGCAGGUGCCGGGAUGGGAAGGCCGACCCCGCGGAGACGACGCUGCCCCAGAGGGCCGGCAGGGCCCACGGCCUGGGCGGCGGGAGCUCGGAGCCUGCGCCCAGCAGGCCGGUUAAAUUUCCAACUCUCUCUAGAAGCCCAGCUUCUCCCACCAAUUCUGGAAACUUCAACCACUCGCCUCACUCCUCGGGUGGCUCCAGUGGGGUCGGGGGCGUCAGCAGGCACGGUGGGGAGCUGCACAGCCGCUCAGGUGGCGGCAUAGACAGUGUCUUGUCGCAGAUUGCUGCACAGAGGAAAAAAGCCGCCGGACUGUCUGAGCAGAAGCCAGGCCGCCGGUCGAGCCCCGUGGGUCCGGCACCUGCAGCCAGCCCACCUGAGCUCCCCGGCCCCCCGGCAGGCAGCAGCGUUCCUGGUGGCCAGCAGAAACUGGAGACCAGCACAAGGCCUCAGUCGGGGACUUCCACUACCUCCAAAAGCACGUCCCCCACCCUCACACCCUCGCCAUCCCCCAAGGGGCACCCCGCCGAGUCCUCAGUGUCCUCCUCUUCCUCCCACCGGCAGUCCAAGAGCAGCGGGGGCUCCAGCAGUGGCACCAUCACGGACGAGGAUGAGCUGACUGGAAUCCUUAAGAAAUUAUCACUUGAGAAAUACCAGCCCAUUUUUGAGGAACAAGAGGUGGACAUGGAGGCCUUCCUCACCCUCACGGACGGCGAUUUGAAGGAGCUGGGGAUCAAAACAGAUGGGUCCAGGCAGCAGAUUUUGGCAGCGAUUUCUGAACUGAACACAGGCAAGGGACGGGAGAGACAGAUUUUGCAGGAAACCAUUCACAACUUCCACUCUUCCUUCGAGAGCAGUGCCAGCAACACCAGGGCCCCCGGAACCAACCCGGCCAUGGCUGGUUGGGUGAGGCCCGAAGAAGGCGUCUCCAGCAAGAGGUAGCGGCCCAGAGAUGGCUGUGCUGGCAUCUGUCUCCAGCCUGGGGCCCCCUCGGGGCUGCCUUCCAGAGGCGCGACCGCAUCCCCUCACCACCCAGCCUUCCUCGGGUCCUGGCCCAGCGCAUGGGGCAAACUCCCCCCGGUGCUGGGAUCCCUCCCAGGUUCCCCUCGCCCAGCGGAGCCCCCAGGGCUGGAGACACAGCGGAUGACCGGCCUCCUCGGGGAAAGCUUGUCCCGCCCCAGGUGCUGGGGGCAGGGCCUGACUCACCUGAAGCCCUCAGCGGGGCCAGGACUCAGGAAUCCAGGGUGCCAUUUGAUUCAGCCCUUUGGCCUGGUCUCAUCUUUCACCAUCAGACACUUUCUACUUUUGGUUCCAUGCAGGGAGUCAAUUCUCUGAAAAAUUUCUGUUUGCCAAACUGCGUGUAUUAAGCAAUGUUGAAUUUGCCUUCUCACUUUGCCUUUGCCCAGCAAAGGCAUAAAACAACACUCAGAUUUCUUCCAGUGAUGGCUUUUAUGGAGCAAGCGCCUGUGGGUUGCCGGGUGCUUCCGGAAGUUACCUUACCUCAUUUUCACAGUAACCCUGUGAGGCAGCCUUAAAAUUCACCUUCUCUCAAAGAGGUAACUGCGACACAGGGAUAUGGGCUGACCUUACCGAGGUCACACCCUCGACGAGGGACGGUUUGGUUUGAACUUCGGUCUCACCUCAGAGUUUGUAUUCUCCUCAUGAUAUCUUGCUGCUCUUCAGCAUGCAGAGAAACAUUAAAUUGGUAUAAACCCCGCCUACAAGGAAAGAAAUAAAUAAAUCCUUAUUUAGUCUGU